UCUCUCUCUCUCCCGCGAUCUGGGGUUUGAAUUCGAGUUCAAGAUCCGGGUCCGCGUCCCGCUCGGGGUUUCUUCUGGAUCCCGCAGCGGAAUCUGCGAGCCCCGCGGUCGAGGGUCGGUUCUUGAUCAAUCGCCGUCGGCAUCCGGAUCUCUCUUGCGAUGGAGGCCAUGGAGGACCUGAGCCAGCUAGCCGAGUCCAUGAUGCAGGCCGCCGCGCUCCUCGCGGACGAGGACGUCGACGAGGGAUCGGCCAAACGGCGGACUUCCACCUUUCUUAACGUCGUUGCUCUUGGCAAUGUCGGUGCUGGUAAAUCGGCGGUGUUGAACAGUUUGAUCGGACAUCCCGUCCUGCCGACUGGAGAGAAUGGUGCUACUCGGGCUCCUAUCAGCAUUGAUCUGCAAAGAGAUGGCUCUCUGAGCAAUAAAUUGAUCAUUUUGCAAGUCGACAAUAAAUCCCAACAGGUUUCUGCGAGUGCUCUCAGGCACUCUCUUCAGGACAGGCUAAGCAAGGGCACAGGAAAGAGCCAUGCAGAUGAGAUCUAUAUGAAACUUCGGACCAGUACAGCUCCUUCUUUGAAGCUGAUUGAUCUACCAGGAUUAGACCAAAGGUCCAUGGAUGAUUCUAGGGUCAGUGACUAUGGGGCACAUAAUGAUGCUAUAUUGCUAGUAAUAGUGCCAGCUGCUCAGGCACCAGAUAUUUCUUCUUCUCGAGCUCUUAGACUGGCUAAGGAAUUUGAUGCAGAAGGGACUAGAACAAUUGGUGUUAUUAGCAAGAUUGAUCAAGCUGCUGGAGACCAGAAAAGUCUUGCAGCAGUUCAAGCUCUUCUUCUGAAUCAGGGGCCACGGAGUGCUGCUGAUAUUCCAUGGAUUGCUCUGAUUGGGCAAUCUGUUUCUAUUGCCUCGGCACAAUCUGGAUCAGUUGGAUCUGAAAGUUCACUUGAAACUGCUUGGAGAGCUGAGACUGAAAGUCUAAAAACGAUACUUACUGGAGCUCCACAAAAUAAGCUUGGCAGAGUAGCAUUAGUUGAUGCCCUUGCCAAGCAAAUACGUAAAAGAAUGAAGCUCAGGUUGCCAAAUCUUCUCUCAGGAUUACAAGGUAAGUCCCAGAUUGUUCAGGAUGAGUUGUUUAGGCUUGGUGAACAAAUGGUGCAGAGUGCAGAAGGUACCAGGGCUAUUGCCUUGGAGCUUUGUCGAGAAUUUGAGGACAAGUUUCUGCAGCACAUUGCCACUGGGGAGGGUGCAGGUUGGAAAGUUGUUGCAACAUUUGAAGGAACUUUUCCUAACAGAAUAAAGCAGCUUCCAUUGGACAGACAUUUUGAUAUCAACAAUGUCAAAAGGAUUGUGUUGGAGGCUGAUGGUUAUCAGCCAUAUUUGAUAUCUCCAGAGAAAGGUUUGAGAUCUUUAAUAAAAGGAGUAUUGGAACUUGCAAAAGAACCAUCACGACUUUGCGUGGAUGAGGUGCAUCGUGUUCUGUUAGAUAUAGUUUCUACUUCAGCGAAUGCUACGCCAGGACUUGGCCGAUAUCCUCCAUUUAAGAGAGAGGUGGUUGCAAUUGCAUCUACUGCAUUAGAGAACUUUAGAAAUGAAGCCAAAAAGAUGGUUGUUGCAUUAGUUGACAUGGAGCGCGCUUUUGUUCCCCCUCAACAUUUCAUCCGUCUUGUCCAGCGGAGAAUGGACAGACAGCGUAGGGAGGAGGAACUGAAGAAUCGAUCAUCAAAGAAAGCAAAUGAAGCAGAGCAAGCUAUUUUGAAUAGAGCAUCAAGUCCUCAACCAGGGGAUCAAGGUGGUAGCUUGAAAUCGAUGAAGGAAAAAUCAAAUCAACCAGAAAAAGAAACCAAAGAAGGCUCAGCUUUGCAGGUUGCUGGACCUUCUGGAGAAAUAACAGCAGGAUUCUUACUGAAGAAAAGUGCAAAGACAAAUGGCUGGAGCAGGCGAUGGUUUGUCCUCAAUGAGAAAAGUGGAAAGCUUGGAUACACUAAAAAGCAGGAGGAGAGGCACUUCCGUGGUGUCAUUACCUUGGAGGAAUGUAACCUUGAAGAAAUUUCAGAUGAGGAUGACCCUCCUAAAAGUUCCAAGGACUCUAAAAAAGCAAAGGGACCAGAGAAAGGCCCAAGUCUUAUCUUUAAGUUAACCAGCAAGGUCGCAUACAAAACUGUUUUAAAAGCUCACAGUGCAGUAGUGUUAAAGGCUGAGAACAUAGCUGACAAAGUUGAAUGGAUGAAUAAGAUUCGAAAUAUAACUGGACCUUCUAAGGGUGUGCCUGAUUCUGUAGCUACUCCCACAAUUAGACAAAGCCGUUCAGAUGGUUCACUAGAUACCAUGGCUAGAAGGCCAGCUGAUCCAGAAGAAGAACUUCGAUGGAUGUCUCAAGAAGUUCGGGGUUAUGUGGAGGCUGUCUUGAACAGCCUUGCUGCAAAUGUUCCAAAGGCAGUUGUGCUUUGUCAAGUUGAGAAAGCUAAAGAAGACAUGUUGAAUCAGCUAUACAGCUCUGUAAGUGCUCAAAGUACAGCGAGGAUUGAAGAACUACUCCAGGAAGAUCAAAAUGUGAAGCGUAGACGAGAACGGAUCCAAAGGCAGUCAUCCAUUCUUUCAAAACUUACACGGCAGCUAAGCAUCCAUGACAACCAAGCAGCAGCAGCUAGCUGGUCUGAUGGUAGUUCAGUGACAGAAAGCAGCCCGAGGGCGAAUGUGUCAUCAGGUGAUGAUUGGAGAUCGGCAUUUGAUGCUGCAGCAAACGGAUCAGUUGACGGUGCAUACACUAAGCCAUCUAGGUCCAGCAGCAGCGGCCGUCGCCACAGCAACCCAACCCAGAAUGGUGAUGAAGGUUCAGGUGCGAACUCUGGUAGUCGUCGGACGCCUAACAGGUUGCCACCUGCUCCACCUCAAGGCAGUUCAUCCACGCAUAGAUACUAAGUUGCCGUGAGGGUCUGUUGAGCAUUAGAUAUUCUUGAUGGAUGCAAAUUAUCUUUGUGCUUUGGCAUUUUAUUUUUAGUUGAUUCGAGCCACAGAAGAGCCAAAAUGACCUAUAGUGUUUUACCACCCGAACGCUGGAAAGUUGUAUUCCAUAUACGGAGGUUCAUAUGUAUUUAUAUCUGGGAAAUACAAAAAGAUACGCGGGGGUAUCUACCCAGUGCGAUAGUGAUGUAUGUUGGUAUUAUGAUCGCUGUAGGCUUUUCUUCCAUCGUUUCUUUAAUUUGACAGGUCUUUUUUAA